GUCUUACAGCUGUGGAGAGACUCUCCCAACAGUGCAUGGGAUUUUGAAUGGAUCUGUCUAUUUACCAUCAGGGUUAAAGAACAGAAAUGUCUCUUGGAUCACUUGGAGUGCUGAAAAUGACUUCAUUGCCACACUUAUAAAUGGAAAAUUGAAUACUAUGAUUAACAUUCGCUAUAAUAAGCGGUUACACCUUCAUACCAAUAAUGGAUCAUUACAGAUUAAUAGAUUGAAAAUGGGGGAUACACUGACGUAUAACGUUCACAUAGUCUAUCAAGAUAACUCACAGAAUAAUAAUCAGGUCAAGCUUGUGGUUCAUGAAAAGAUUAAUAAACCGAACCUGGAGACAAGUGCUAACUUCUCCACCAUAAACACCUGCAAUGUCUCUGUCAUUUGCUCCACCACCCAAGGAUUUUCUGCUUCUUCUGACUGUGACAACAGAUCAGGUGUCUUUCGAUGUUCUGAAUCUAAUGUGACCAAUUCUUCCGUCGGCAUAUCCAUCACUAUUACAACAAAAGGCAACACCAUUGUGUGCAACAGCAGCAAUCUGGUCAGCUGGAACACAGACAGAAUUGAACAGGUCUGCCAACACAGUGAUAACAGUACCGAGUCUGAAGAAAAAAAUGAUUAUAAAGAUUCCCGUUCCUACAUGAUCCUCUUCCUCAUACUCCAAGUUUUCAUCAUUACCUGCUUAGGUGUUUUUUUAGGCUUCCUAAGAAAUAAGGCAAGAACCAGGAACGAUUCUCUAAAACCUGAGGAUGUAGUGAAACAGAACGAUUCUCCAGAAUCUGAGGUUGUAGUGAAACAGAANGAGUCUCCAGAAUCUGAGGAUGUAGUGAAACAGAACGAGUCUCCAGAAUCUGAGGAUGUAGUGAAACAGACGGAUUCUCCAGAAUCUGAUGGAAUAAAUUCUCUAUGAUCUGAAGAUGGAACAAAACAAAAUGAAUCUUCAAAAGAUUGUCUGGAAACUGUUGAUGGAACAUUUCCUGAAGAGGAUCUAACUAAUUAUAACUAAUUAUAAAGGAUAUACUGUACUGUAACAUAUUUUCUUAAUGGUUUUUCAACAAUUUUUUAGAAACAUUUUGAAAUUUCUUUGUGUUCCCUUCUUUAUUUUAACACUGUUUAGCAACAAAGUUCUUAAGAACUUUUCUUUUUAGUAAUUAUUCAUUUAUUAUUAUCAGUAUUACU